AUGAAGCGAGCGUUGUUCGGUUGGUCUCGGCAUUGCGGGAGUUCCGUUGCGGACGCCGGAGUCCCACGCCACCGACUCGAGCGUGAGCUUGUCCUUCCCCGCUCGUUCCGUACAAGGUUCUACGCGUCUACCGGUGAAACAUCAACAACUCCCAAUGCUAGCAAAUCCUCGUCGACGGAAACGUCACCGUCCGAUGAAUCCCGCGUCUUGGUGGACGUGGAUCACCAAGGCGUCGCUCGUGUGUGCCUCAAUAGACCCACCAAACUCAACGCACUCGACAUGCCCAUGUUCGACGCCGUAGCCGAUACGGCCCUUUCACUACAAAAGGAUCGAGCCAUUCGCGCCGUCAUUCUAUCCGGCUCUGGCCGUGCUUUUUCCGCCGGUCUCGACGUCGCUUCCGUUCUCUCCACCAAUCCCUUGAAAAACUCGGAACGUCUCCUCACGCGAGACGACGUUGACGACAACAACAACGACAACAAAAACAACUACUCGAACGAAAGACGGUCCAUCGCGAAUUUGGCACAACGCGUCUCCAUGGCCUGGCGGGAUAUCCCGGCACCCGUCGUAGCCUGUCUGCACGGUGAAUGUUUCGGGGGCGGUUUGCAGAUUGCCCUAGGGGCCGACGUGCGCUUGGCCACCCCGGAUUGCCGCUUGGCGAUUAUGGAAGCCAAGUGGGGAUUGAUUCCCGACAUGGGUGCGUCCGUGCUCUUGCGGGAACUCGUACGCAUCGAUGUCGCCAAGGAGUUGACCAUGACGGGACGGAUUGUGGACGGGAACGAGGCUGCCGCACUCGGACUCGUCACGAGGGUCGUCGACGAUCCCCUCGAACAAGCCGAAACACUCGUACAAGCCUUCCUGCAGAGGUCGCCGGAUUCUCUGGCCGCCACCAAACAACUUUACCACCAAACGUGGGUUGCACCGGAAGAGUAUAGUUUAAAGGUGGAAACAGCACUGCAACGAAAACUGUUGGUUUCGUGGAACCAAAUGGCCGCCGCGGGUAGGAGCUUUGGCUGGAAGGUUCCUUACUUUCAACGCAAAGACGGGACCCUUGAUACGGAGAAGAAGUUAUAA